GCUUUUUCCGCUCCGCCCGCCCUGCCGCUGCCCGCCCGGGGCAGGUGCUCCGCGGCUGCCGGCCGCCUCCUCGCCGCGCUCCCGCCUCCCUUCGCCCGCCCGGCGGCCGGGGCGGCUCCGCGCCGCUCCUCCCGGCUCCUGCGGGGCGCUGGCUGCCCGCCGCCAGGGCCACGCCGCCGGCCCGCCGCCCCCUCCUCCCGCCGGAGCGGCGGCUCGGCCCGGUUCGCCCGGGGAUGCUGCCCUCAACUCCCCGUCCGCCGCCUGACACCGCCGCCGCCGCCGCCCUCUCCGCACCGGACGCCGCUCCGCUGCUCUCUCCACGGCCACCUGCAGCAAGCCGGCUCCCCGCUGCCCGCCUCGCACCGCGGCGGAAGGAAUAAAGAUCUCAGCCCGUCCCGACCUGCCCGGCCGGCGCUCCCUCAGGCCGGGGCGGGCCGAGCCCCGCGGGCUGUCCCCGACGGCGGCCGCUUCUCCUCGUCCCCUGCGCGGUUCCACGCGGAUGGACGCGCUGCCGCCGCUCGUUCCCCCCGGGCCGCGUCGCGCCGCCGCCUGAAGAAAACUUGGGACGGGGACGGCCCCGCCCGGGCUGCGGGGGACCCUUCCCCGCUCCAAGUUCGCGGGGCACCCACCCGCCUGCCACAGGACUCCGGCCCGGGGCCGCCGCCCAGCGCUCCCUUCCCUCGGCGAGAGCUCGGCGGGGACCCCCUGCCCCUGGCCUCGGUGCUGGGGAGGAGCGGGGGUGCCCUGGAUGGCCCUGCGCACUGGGACAGCUUGGUUUGGGCAGGUCUUGCGCAGAGUUUCCCGGCUUCAAGGCACCUGGUCCCGGCGCUCCAGCAGCCUCCUGUGCCUCUCCUCUUCCCAGGAGCCCGAGCAGGCGGGCGGGGAGCGGCCGCCGCCGCAGCACAAGCUGCCCCGGAGCAGCCGCCAGCCCCCCCGGCAGCUGCCCCCCUGCUGCAGCUGCUGCGGCCUGUCGGAUCCCCGGGCGGCCAGGGGGGGACAUGGUCCCCUCACUCGCCCCUUGCUGGCGGCCAUGAAGAGGCAGAACGUGCGGACCCUGUCCCUCAUCAUCUGCACGUUCACCUACCUGCUGGUCGGGGCUGCCGUCUUUGAUGCCCUGGAGUCCGACAACGAGAUGCGGGAGGAGGAGAAACUCAAAGCCGAGGAGAUCCGGCUCAAAGGAAAGUACAACAUCACCAGCGAGGACUACCGGCAGCUGGAGUUGGUGAUCAUGCAGUCCGAGCCACACCGGGCUGGUGUCCAGUGGAAAUUUGCCGGUUCCUUCUACUUUGCCAUCACGGUCAUCACGACCAUUGGUUAUGGACAUGCUGCCCCAGGAACAGACGCGGGAAAGGCCUUUUGCAUGUUCUACGCGGUCCUGGGGAUCCCACUGACACUCGUCAUGUUCCAGAGCUUGGGCGAGCGCAUGAACACCUUCGUCAAGUACCUCUUGAAACGCAUCAAAAAGUGCUGUGGGAUGAGGAGCACCGAGGUCUCCAUGGAAAACAUGGUCACUGUGGGUUUCUUCUCCUGCAUGGGAACACUCUGCAUUGGAGCAGCAGCCUUUUCCCAGUACGAGGAAUGGAGCUUUUUCCAUGCUUACUAUUACUGCUUUAUAACAUUGACUACGAUAGGUUUUGGAGACUAUGUGGCCCUGCAGACCAAAGGGGCCCUUCAAAAGAAGCCUCUCUACGUGGCUUUUAGCUUUAUGUACAUUCUAGUGGGGUUGACAGUCAUUGGGGCAUUUCUAAAUCUGGUUGUUCUCAGGUUCUUAACCAUGAACAGUGAGGAUGAGAGGCGGGAUGCUGAGGAACGGGCGUCCCUGGCAGGGAACCGCAACAGCAUGAUUAUCCACAUCCAAGAGGACUCCCAGCAUGGUCGGCCACGGUACAAGGCCGAAGUAACAGACCUUCAGUCCGUUUGUUCCUGCAUGUGUUACAGGUCCCAUGAGUACACCAGCCGGGUGGUGUCCCACCAAAAUUCGUUCAGCUCGAAGCUGAACCCCCAGUACUUUCACUCCAUCUCUUACAAGAUAGAGGAGAUCUCGCCAAGCACAUUAAAAAACAGCCUUUUCCCAUCUCCUGUCAGCUCCAUCUCACCUGGGUUGCACAGCUUUACAGAUAACCACAGGCUGAUGAGAAGGCGAAAGUCCAUUUAAAGUGAUAUGUCUUCUUUUGCUUUCCUUGUUUUCUCCAGUCCUUCUCUGUUGUUUUGGUAUUUUUGUUCCUUGAGUGAGACGGAGUGAGGCCAAAGGGAGUAGAGAAAGCCAGUCCUCCUCUGAGACUCAGCUCUUGAGCAUGAAGCAUGGAUUAUUACUGUUCCAGCAAAGUAUGCCUUACAUUACCCCCUUGGUGGAUGUCAGAGGAUUCAAGGUGAUGUGAAGUGGGUACCAAAUCCAAAGUUGCACACACAGCUGGGAGCCUUCAUGUGCCACUGGCACUCCUGACCUAAUGAACUAUUUUCCUCAUGGGCAGGUUGCAGCGUGCGUGCGUGCUUGUGUGUGUGUUGGGUGUGUGUGGGUGUGUGCGCGUGCAAUUCCACAACUAGUGCCAUGCGACAAAAAUUAAAGCAUCAGGUAUUAUUUUUUUCCCUUGAAGCAAUUGUGUUCCAGCCUGCUUUUAUCUUUUUGAUUGCUUCCAAACAGAAUGGGGAGGUGGGGUGGGGAGCCAAUUUGUUUUUUUAUUUGCCAAGACAAGCAUGCGCCAUAAGCAGUCAAUAUACCAGGUGUAUCAUGAUAAAUUUUUUAAUGCUAGAUUUUAGAUUGUAUUAUCAUUACAAAAAGGCAGGAAAUGAUGGAUCAUUUUAACUUGCCAGUUCAAAAUUUAAAAAGUAAAAUAAAGCAUGCACUUUGUAAAACUGGUAUGCAUAAUGAAAACACAAGAAAAACUAGCAAUGGAAUUAAUAAUCAAAAGCAAGUAAUCCUAUUGAUUUAACUAUAUUUCCUUUCAUCAUUUGAAACUGUUCCAACAAUUUGCGGAUGGAAUUUUUUAAGAUAAAUUGGAAGAAUUGUUGGAACUAAGGAGUGUAUUUUGUUGUUUUUAUUUUAUUUAUAAAAAUUAUUAUUAUUAACAUUAUUUUUAUUUUAUUAUUAUUUUAUUGUGCAGCAAUUACCUGCAUGAAUAGGAAUUCUAUUUUUUGGAAUGCUUGGGUUAGGAUGGGUAUAAAUAGGUGGAUGUAUAUUUUUUUUAUAUAAUAGUGACAGAGCAUUCCUUGUUUUAAAUAAAAAAUAAAAAUGAUUGUCUCUAAAUGCUUUUGAUUUGUAAAUAAUGGAAAGCCUUUGUUGGUCUCAGGAAGAAUUCAAGGGACAGUAUCUUGUGUUUGGCUCACUGGGAACUUGUGAGAUUAGAUGUGAUAUUGCUUCUUUGCUAUGCGGAAAGGCAAAACGCAUUUAGCACUCAUGGGCAAAAUCAGCUUUACUCCGGUGUUUAGAGGUUAACACCAGGAGUGAUUGCAUUGGCAAGCUGUAGUAGACAAUGUUGAGACCAUGUUAUAGAGUUGUUCCUUGGAGAUCAUCCAUUGCUUGGUUACUCAUCUGGACCAAACAGACUUUACAAAACCAAAUUAGAGGCCUAAUCCAGCUCCCGUUUAAGACAAUAGGAAUUUGCAGUGAUUACAUAAGAUUUAGUGCUUUGGGAGAUUUAUCUUUGAUUUGACGGGGGUAGUACUGGGAAUUUUAUAAAGCUGCAACAUUGUCUUUGAUUUAAUCCUAUCUUUUAAAUCGCCUUCUGUGUUAAUUUGCCAUACAAAGAACAUCUUUUUUUGGCACUACACGCCUCCUGCUGAUUCUACCAUUUUGUGCUUUCAGUGUGAAAGCAAUCCUCCGUAUUUUACUUUGGUUUUUUUUCUGGUAGAUAGUGUGUUGUCACAAAAAAAAACCCAGCUCUGAGCUCUGUGUGCUGAUGGACAUUGAUAUCCUUUCAAAAGGGCAUCUAUAAAGAGCAUUAAAAGGGACAAAUAAGGAAUGCCCUUCUUUCUCUGUUGUCCUCGACUUUAAGUUAUUAACUAUAUCAAAUAUGUUUGUGUUCUCCUAAUUUUGAUAUUUGUGUUUCAACAAGUAAAUGAAAAGCAAGGAUCCAUACCUUUAAGUUCAACAUGUAACUUCCUUUGGAGUCCUAAAAUGCUGUGGCAUGAAAAUCUCCAUUAAGAUUAGUGAAAAAAAUAACUUAGAAUUCUUAAUGAAGAUGGAUGAGAAUGAACUUUUCCAGACUAGCAUAUGGAAAUAACUUUUGUCAGCAUAGUAGAGGAGCAUGCUGGGUGCAUUAAUGAUGUGCUGUUAUACCAUGUCCUGAGGCAAAUGCUGACGGCAAAAGCGUUGAAGCAAGAGUACCUAGAAAAGCAGCUUCAGGAUGUAUUAAAGCACUCCAGUGAAAAUCACCUGGAAGCUAGUUUCUGAAGAGCGGCCCAUAGGGUUCAUAGUGCUGUCAAAUUCUCUUUCAUAGAUUUGCUGACAGUAUCCCAGAACAGCAAAUAAUUGUAGGUUUCUUUUUCUGCUGAGGAGAUAAGAAAGAAUAUGUACAUGUCCACAUCAUGUAGAAGUGCUGAAGUAUACAUGACUCUUGGGAAAAGGAGGAAAUCUUUGGGAUGUUACAGAUUUCAGGAGGGUGAAAUGCCAUCUGCCUCGUAAAGAAGAACGUUUGUAACAGGACUUGUAGCCAAAACUUUGAACAGUUUUGUCAAAAAAGCAGUUACGCUUUUGAAAGCAUCACUUCACUUUUCAUUUUUUCCUCUAAGAAAAAGAAAUUUCUAUUUCUGCUGCAUACAAAAAUAAUUUUAGAUGUCCUGUAAAUUGUGUUGAACUCCAGAAUUUCAAAGCUGUUACAUAUUCCAGCUGAGUUAUUACUCAUUCUCCUCUCCGAGACCAUAAAUAAAAUUAAAUGAAGAGUACAUUUUAGUACAGGUGGUAUUUAACCAGGGCAGCAUCUUAUCUAGGGGCUCAUGGGUUACCUGCCAAUUAGAGUCUUUGCGUUAAAACACAGUGGCUUUCUAAAUGCUCUUGUAUAGCAUAGUCAUAGUUUAUGGAUGUGGAUGAUGAAAUGUGUGUGUGUUGACAUGAAGGAGCGAUAUCCAUAGUGAUAGCUUUCAGUCAGUCAGUUUGUGGGAGGGCAUUUGGGAAAAAUAUCUGCAUUCCUUUGGAUUUAAAAUUAUUUUGAUAUAGUUCUUUCUGUCUGAAGAACUUGUGAUUUUGUCCAUUCUAUAUUUCUGGUGCACAUAAGAUUUUGAAGUAGCAGGACAUUUCCUUCACAAGCUUCCUUGCAGAUGUUCACAUGAGCUCCUACAGGACUUUUCGUUGUGAGCAGCCACAAAUACAAGCACGCUUGUGUUGAUGCAUCAGUAAACCAGGCAGAAUAUGAUGAAAAUGCUUCUCUCUCUUUUGUUUUUGUGUACUUGACUGAUGUGUGAAUAAUGGCUUGGGCUGUCUGGAACUGGAACAGACCGCGUUAUAAAAAAAGUUGCUUUUGUCAGGGGUUAAUACCAGCUUUUCAGUAGAACAUGCAAAAUCAGUCAGUGAAAGGUGAUUUUUGUCUGUUCCAUUUCUGACUACUUACUGACAUCUGUGAAUAUCAGCUUUCUUCCCUCAGUGCUGCUUUUCACAGCGUAUUUUCUCUGGUACGCUAUUAGUUUUAUUCUACUUGAGCUGUUACUUCUUUCAGGAGAGCCUUUCUUGUUCUAUACUCACUCUUUAGAAGCAGGUCUACUUAUGAGUAGACAUUCUAAUAUCCAAAGUACCUAACCUGUGUUUCCACAGCACAGACUUUUGAUAUCACUUUGUGAUGCACUGUCAUUUCCCAGAUUCUCAUUUCCCCUAUUAUUAAGCAUUAGAAAUAAUAAUAAUAAAUCAGAUUAAUCUAUUUAUGUCACACUAAUGUGCUGUUCAUCAAAACAACACAAAUUUAGCUCCCUGCUGUCAACUUUGAUUACAUAACAACCCCAUUAUCCUAUCAUAUUUCAUAUUAUCAAAGGAAAAAAAAAUCAGUUUGAUCAGUGAAGCACCAAAAUAGCUUUGUCUGAGCACUCUGUGAUACGGAAACAAAAGGGGAAACAAUAGAACUGUACAGGCACAACUCUGCUUGGUCUGCAUCACUACACAAGGAUGAUCCAAACAGAUCUAACUAGGGCUUCUUUGCCCGAACUUUGUAUAGAUAUAUUUAUGCUUUACAAAGAAAAUUGUAAUGGGACGUAUCUGGAUGGGGUGUGUGGAUGUUAGUUAAAGGAUUCAGAAUAGGUUCUUGGUUGUUAUUGUAUGGAGAAGAUGUACAGAGGUAUUCAGCAAUAGACUUAUGCUGGGACUCCUCUGUAGUAGCUCAUUAGAACAGAAUCAUCAGCUUAAAGAAAAAAAAAAAGUGACUAAAUUAAUCUACUCUAUUAUAGGUUGUCUCAUUAGUUUCCUAGUGCUUUGAUCAAAGAAAUGCCAGAGCAGCAAUCAUGAUUUCUGUGCAUUUAUCUUGAGCAAGGUAAUUUCUUGUUUUCUGUGACAGGUUUGAAGCUUUUGUUAUGAAAAAAAGAAAAAGAAGAAUCAUUUGUUGUAGAAAAGAGCAGCCAAUGUAAUCAAGAUGGAGAAGGGAAAUGUUCCAGAAUGAUUUGCUCCUCUACGGACCAGAGAGCAAAGGCUUGGGUGGAAGUACCUUUCAGUUGAAGUUUAUGUCCUCAUUUAGCUUUCUGUAAUAUUCCUGUUAAUAUUAGGAUCCAAUUAAGACAGUCAUUUAAAAUCUUUAUGAGGAAGCCAGACCAUAGAGAUGUGUUGGAGUGUGUCCAUUACACUAAUGUUAUGGACUUUUUAAUGCAUAUUUCAACAAGACACUGUUAUUGACUGGAAUUUGCACAAAUUACAAUGAGAAUCAUGCCACUGCUACUGUCAACAACUAGAACUGCAUAGUACUCACAGAGCUGAAAAAGGAAUAGUCUUUCUAAGCAGCCUGCCUGUCAUCUGUCUUUAAUAUCAAACUUUAUUUUGGGAACUUCAGUAAGACAAACCAUAUGAAAAGGAUUAGCCAACAUAAUGAUGCACCAAAAUAAAAAUAAAUAGAAUAAUGACAUUGGAUGCAGAGGAAUUGAUUACAGAUGGAAGGCACUUUGGGAUGCUUAUGCUAGUUAAUCUGAGCUCUGAGACUGAAUUAGAGCCAUGAAAACUGUUGGCAGCCUUUGCCAAAAAAGCAGUUUGCAAUUAUUUAAGAUGUAGAUAACAUCUACAUGGCAGAAGAACUUUCACCUGAAUAAGUAGUAUCAAGACAAAAAACCAAAAAAAACCAACAAAAAAAAACAAAAAAAAAAAAAGAAAAAAGAAAGAUGAAAAGAAAGACAUUGUUCUCAAGAGGAGGGGUAUUUUCCAGUCAAAAACACCAAUAAGGUGAUACUGAAGACUGUCAUGCUUUGAUCUGGGUAGAAUCAGACUGGGAGUUGUUCUCUGCUUAGACAUAGUCUAUGCUUGGCCUUAUUAGCUUGAACAAAAAUUGUCUUGUGGAUGAUUUUUGCUCACCACUCCUGUUUCCUAACCCAUAUCUUAGUUCACACUUGUGGCUCUCCUGAGCUGUCGGUCGGGUUUUUGCUGCUUUCUUCAGUGAAAGCAAGACUCUAUUCAGCCUGAGUAAUGUUGAUAUGUUUUGCAUACCCUAGGUGGAUAUUAGAGCUGUUAAGCUGAGCCUAGCUGGACUAUCCUCUGGAGUUGGUGGCUUUAUGUUUCUGUGAACUGGUAAGCUAAAGAGAAAUAAAAGUGUCAUGGGCAACUUUUUUGUCAUGUAGGCUUUCAGUAUGGUAACCUAGUUGAUUUGGUUGCAACACCCAGAACUGGGAUGAGUCUCAAUUUAUACAUCUCUUACUGAAACUGCAGUCAGAGACUCUUUCUAUAUACUCUGAGAUAUAUCUGUAUCUUCAACUAGUGCUUGCUGUGAACAAAUUUUCCUAAACCUAAUGAUGGGAGUAGAAAGGCUUGAAGAUGGUAGUCAACAUGUACAACUUAUGCAAUUGUAGUUUGCUUUAUGGAAUCCAGGCAACCAAAGCUGCCUGCUAAUUUUGGGCUUGAAAUAUUAUCCCCAGAGCCUUCAGCAUUCAGUUAUCUCACCUUUUGUGAAGAUUGUAAUUAGCAAAUAUCCCAGAGCCCUCCUUCACCUUACUUUCUGACUGUGUAAGGAGUGCUGCCAUACAUUAAUACUCAAAAUAGAUUGGAAAGACAAAAAAAAAAAAAAAAGGAAAAAUUAAUGCUGCAAUUUUAUUAGUAAUUAAUAUUCACAGUUCGAAGCUCUUUCGUCUUUUAGUUCACUUUGAGAAAUGCAGAGCAAACAGCAGCAUGAUAACAUUUAUCAUAGCUGGCUAGUUCACAAGUGGAACAAGCAAAUAUAAUAAUUGAAACUAUGCACCAUAAUGCAUCUUCCUUGUGCAUGAGUUCUGAUACUGCUAGCCUGGCUUUGAUUCAUCGUUUAUCUAGUCUGUGGAACAGCUUGCAGUAAUUGCUCUAUCCAGAGCACUAUACUUGAGGCUAGAAGAAAGAUCCAUUGCACAGGCAGUGGCCCCUCCGGCUUUCCCUGUAUUUCCCCCCCUUCCCUACCCAGAUAUUAACUCAUUAGCUUGCCAUUUUGUAGAUGUAUGUUCAAACCCGGGAUCACCACAUUCUGUACUUUCCCCCGUCAUGUAUUAAUGAAAAGCAUUAUGUUACAGAACUGCACCCUGGGGAAGGAAAUGUUCCACUCUAAUUACUACUGACAAAAGAAAUCUACAGAUUGAUUAAAAACAAUAUGUGGGGAGUCAAAUACAAAAUGCGAAGUGCACAAACCUGCAUGGGUGAAAUCCACUUUUGCCCUGACUGGGAUACCACACAUUAGCCUGUGUUUGUCUGGGGGAAGGCUUGGGCAUCAGAAGAAAGUGCAAACAACAUAAGCCUGCAAAGAGACACGGUGUUUUACUCAGUGUCUGUAGAUACGGUCUGUGAUGUGGUUCCAAAUUAAGGAAAAAACACGUGUCUUCUAUGGUUAGCCUUUUUGCUAGCAACCUGCCACCGUCCUCCCAGGCAGGAGUGGCAGGAGAUGUAGGAAAGAUGGAGCAUAGCUGUUUCGUGGUGGAGUGGAUUGUCAUUGGUGAGACCACAUUAUGAUGUUGAUGUUAAACUGGGAGCAGGAAAAAUUGUGUCUCCUAGAGCCUCUUCCCUCCACUGUCCUUGGAAGAGAUCAGCAACAUCAUCCAUCCUGUUGCUCGAUUAAAAUCUGUACUGUGGCUCAGAAAGACUUGGACUGUGGUGUCCUUGCUCAUCUUUGAUACCACAUACCCAUAAUUAUUCAUUAUUAUUAUUCAUAAUUAUUGUUAAAAGGCUAAUUAAUUUGAUAACAUUAUUUAAUUAAAUUAGCUGAAGUAGAGCAUGUAAAUGAUUUGGCCUCCCAGAGUCUGAAAUCUGAAGUCUAUGAAAUAGUUUCCAAAAGGCCUGUUUGGUAGUGUCACUGCUGACAUGGAGGUCAUGCCACAGGUGUCCUGUUGACAGUGUCAUCUUGGCACAUUGACUGGAGCUGCUCAUGGGAGCAUGUGAGGAAAGGAUUUUAGCUCAGAUCUGAAAUAUGGAGUGAUGUCUUUAACUCCCACUGAACUAAGUUUAAGUGUAUUUGUGGAGGUAGGCUUUCAGCCUGAUGUCUUACUUGCAGAGGAGAGAACCUGUGGUGUGUCUUAGAGAGAUGGCAUGAUCCAGAGGGGUGAGCUCUGAGGGGUUGUAUUUCAGGAUGGAGCAUGGUACUGGUACCCUUUCAUAGCAUCCCUGAAGGUUCUCAGCUGUGCUGUGUGAGAUAGCUUAUGCUUCUAAGGGAGAACCCAAAUCUGUCAGCCUGGUAGGGCUGAGCAUAGGGAUGGUUUGCAAACUGAUCUGGAACACCUGGUGAAUGGAGAUGGUACAGCUGAGUUUCUCCAUCACAAGCUGGACUGAUGAGGGAGCUGAUUUUAUAGUGUAUCCUCCCAAGACCUCUCUGAGCAAGCUUACAGGGCAACAGAGUGGAUUUCUUCCUGGCUUCCGAGUGAGGGUGAUGAAGGUUGGGGCUUAUUUCUAACACACAUUUCUAGUGCACAGGGCAAGAGCUCAGAGCAGCAAAUGCCUGGGAAUCCAGUAGGGCCGUCUGCAUUUCUUUUGUAAGGUAUGAAUAACACAGCUUGUCCUCUUCAUAGGUGAGUUGCAAAGAUUUACAAGCAAGUGUCUGUCUAGGACUAUGAAAUCUGUGUAUAGUGGGUCUCAUUGCUCAGCAUUUGGCUUAGAAAAGAAUUGCGAUAUUAUGUAGGAGAGGGGGAAAAGCAACGCUCAAGCAAUUUGUACUUUGAAGAAGGAGGCAGAUUAACGUUUAUCUUUUUUUUUUUCUUUUCCCAUUUGUGACUUCUCUCAAGGCACCGCACCUGUUGGAGGAAACAAAUCUUCCCAAUGUCAACAAAGAAUCCAAAGUUUCUAUUAUGUUGGUGGUAGAGCCUUCAGACAGAUCCAUAGUCAUUUAGUCAUUUUUUUCUGGUGCUUCUUUUAGAGAGCUUUGUAUGCUUCUCUGGUCUCUCUGAGAAGCAGUUCUCAGCUUCUUGGCUCCAGUUGCUUUUCAAUGAUAGCUCUUUCCAUGUGGCUACUUUUUGUAGAAUUCCUGUCACAUACAUUUUCCAGCAAAGAUGGAUAUCAUACUGCUCCUUCUUAGCAUAUAUUUUCAAUUCCCAGCAUGGAAUGAUACUGCAGUCAGAGACAACAGUAGGAAACUUCUCUUUAUUGUUAAUACUGAGCUGUUUCUAUUCUUUGCUGAAGAUCGGUGCAACGGAAACUGGUGUGUUCACCACUGAGAACUCAACACAGCUGAGCGAUCCUGAUCUCAUGCUGAUUUACCUCCUUUUUGACUGCUUUGUGCCAUCUAAUUUCUGCAUAAGUUGUUAGUGCAGUAAUAUUAUGCAGAUGCUGCAAAGUGUGUACACUAACUGUGUAACAAGAUUGAAAUCCAAGUAUCCGGGUUACAUGAGGGUUGAGACACCGUUGCACUAGCAGUAGAUUUUAUUAGGAUAUUUCCUGGGUAUCACUCUAGGUGCCUCUCUCUUUGUCGUUAACAAGUUUGGUCGGUCCACCCAAAGCUCGUUUGGGUGUAAGCACUGUUGGGUUGAACCCUGUAUGAUAAAAACAAAUUCAUGAAUGUUCCAGGAGGAGUUCUGUCCACUACAAACCUUUUUAAAAAGUAGCGAAUAAAGAGAAGUGAUGAGAGACUGGCUCAAUCUUUAGAAUGCAACCCUAAUCUGAAUUUCUUUUAUAGAAGGUAAAAGCAGGAAGGUUCUUAUAAUGUGCUAUACUACCAAUAAUCCAGCUGCUGCUUUUUUGCCAGGUCAGGAGUGAUCUGUGGAAGAAAAAAUUGUUUUCUUUUUCCUCUUCCCUUGACUUGUUAAGAUUUGUGUGGCUGUUUCUUGCCAUUGAGGAGUAUGAACUACAACUUCUGAUCUUAGUGUUGUGACAGCAAAGGAAAUUAUUUGGAGCUGGAUAGGUCAAAGGAGAAUGGGAGGGGGGCUUAAAAGUUGUUUCCAGUAGGCCAAAAGAAUGUGGAUACUGUCUCUUCAAGGUGCAAUUUCUUACUUCAACAAACUGUUCAUCUAAGAGAAACAGGGAUAAAAGUGUUCAAUUUGGGACCUAAGGAGUUUGUAUGGAAAUUCUUGGAUUUCUUCCAAACACACAUACUUGUUGAAAUUAAAUUGUGAUUCCUACUUUGGAGACUGAGCCUUCCUGCUCAGACAGAAGUGCGUGUGUAUGUGUGUGUUUGUGAGUGUGUGUUAAUGCUAUGUCUCUUUUGGAUCUCUUGACACUUUUUGGUGCAUUUUUGUACUUCUUUGAAUGUGCAUAUGCGUACUUACCGAUGGUAUAUUGACGGCAUUCUAAAGGCCCUCAACAGCCUGAGACAGAGCAAAAGUCUCUACAUUUCUGCCCUGGUUGAUACAUUUUCUGUGCAGCACACAGAGCAUUAGAAGCAUAGUCCUUUGGAAAGAGGAACGCUAUAGAUGCUUGGCUGUGGACUGCACUGAGAAUUUACCUCCUGUAAGCAGUUUUCUCUGCUCAUUUCAGACCUCUAACUUCAACACAGUUGUUGAGCUGGUCCUAGCAAAGGAGAAAGAGAAGGUCAUAAGCAUCAAGAUGGGAUUUGUGAAAUCACUGAUAACUUGAUUACAGAGAACCAAAUUAAAAACUCUUUUGUGUUUUCAUUUCUUUUUCUGGCCUUCUCCAUAAUGGGAGAGGAUGCCUUCACACAUGGCCUUAGAAUGCCGUACUGGAGUUAGAAUGCAACAACAGUGAAAUGAAAAUAAGAUGUAUUGCAGCUUACAUAAAGAAUGAAAACUGUAUCACACAAAUGUUUACAAGUCCAAGUAGACAGCGAACCCCUGUACAAUAUGUAAUUUAUGCAAGGGAUUGCAUCUUUCUUUUGUAAUGAAUGCACUAAGCAACCCUGUAUAUAUUUUACAAUGUCUUUACAGAGAAAAAAAAAAUGAAUCAUUUACUGUAGUGUUGUAAAAUAAUGCACUUUUCUAAUUUUUUCAUUAAAAAUCCUAUGGCACGUUUUCAAAUGUAUAUUGUUUCUUUUAUAUUGAAUGUGGAAAUGUUAACUUCCUGUAAAAUUGCACUACAGAAGUAAAAUCCACUGAUGGAACCUAUUUUGUUAAAGAAAAGUUCCUUGACAACCAACAGAUGUUUAUGAUAAUACAAUAUGUAUGUGUGUGCAUAUAUAUGCAUACAGUGUAUAUAUAAUGUAUAUAUAUGUAUAUGCACACACACACAUAUCUAGUGCUAUGUGUAUAUAUAUAAAAUGAUAUAGGUCCAGAUUUAUAUAUGAUUGUAUUAAUAUAAUAUCUAUAGAUUGAUAGAUAUAUAGAUAUGUAUAUAUAUUCAUACAUACACUCAAGAAACACAAUGUAAAAACCCAGAAAGGAUUACUCAUUAAAUUUAAGGGGGUUGGGGGGAAGAAAGAUGUCAUAUACAGAGGAUAUUUUGCAUUGCAAUAAAAGCUUUUUUGACAAAAGUA